CGGGCAGCGGCGGAGGGAGGAGAGCCGGGGAGGGGGGCGCCGCGCUGGGAGGGAGGCAGCGCGCACGGUGCAGCCGGGCCGGGCGGGAGGCAUGGCGGGGCCCCCGGCCCUACCCCCGCCGGAGACGGCGGCGGCCGCCACCACGGCGGCCGCCGCCUCGUCGUCCGCCGCUUCCCCUCACUACCAAGAGUGGAUUCUGGACACCAUCGACUCGCUGCGCUCGCGCAAGGCGCGGCCGGACCUGGAGCGCAUCUGCCGGAUGGUGCGGCGGCGGCACGGCCCGGAGCCGGAGCGCACGCGCGCCGAGCUCGAGAAACUGAUCCAGCAGCGCGCCGUGCUCCGGGUCAGCUACAAGGGGAGCAUCUCGUACCGCAACGCGGCGCGCGUCCAGCCGCCCCGGCGCGGAGCCACCCCGCCGGCCCCGCCGCGCGCCCCCGCGGGGGCCCCUGCCGCCGCCGCGCCGCCGCCCACGCCCGCCCCGCCGCCACCGCCCGCGCCCGUCGCCGCCGCCGCCGCCGCCGCCGCCCCGGCCCGGGCGCCCCGCGCGGCCGCCGCCGCCACAGCGCCCCCGCCCGGCCCCGCGCAGCCGGGCCCCCGCGCGCAGCGGGCCGCGCCCCUGGCCGCGCCGCCACCCGCGCCCGCCGCUCCGCCGGCGGUGGCGCCCCCGGCCGGCCCGCGCCGCGCCCCCCCGCCUGCCGUCGCCGCCCGGGAGCCGCCGCCCCCGCCGCCACAGCCGCCGGCGCCGCCACAGCAGCAGCAGCAGCCGCCGCCGCCGCCGCAGCCACAGCCGCCGCGAGGGGGCGCGGCGCGGGCCGGCGGCCCGGCGCGGCCCGUGAGCCUGCGGGAAGUCGUGCGCUACCUCGGGGGCAGCGGCGGGGCCGGCGGUCGCCUGACCCGUGGUCGCGUGCAGGGGCUGCUGGAAGAGGAGGCGGCGGCGCGGGGCCGCCUGGAGCGCACCCGCCUCGGAGCGCUUGCGCUGCCCCGCGGGGACAGGCCCGGACGGGCGCCACCGGCCGCCAGCGCCCGCGCGUCGCGGAGCAAGAGAGGGGAAGAGCGGGUGCUUGACAAAGAAGAGGAGGAGGAGGAGGAGGAGGAAGAUGAGGACGAUGUUUCAGAGGGCUCCGAAGUGCCUGACAGUGACCGUCCUGCAGGUGCCCAGCACCACCAGCUCAAUGGCGAACGGGGUCCCCAGAGUGCUAAGGAGAGGGUCAAGGAGUGGUCUCCCUGUGGACCCCACCAGGGCCAGGAUGAAGGGCGGGGACAGGCACCUGGCAGCGGCACUCGCCAGGUGUUUUCCAUGGCCACCAUGAGUAAGGAAGGAGGAUCAGCCUCUGUUACCACUGGUCCCGAUUCUCCAUCUCCUGUGCCUUUGCCCCCAGGAAAACCAGCCCUCCCUGGGGCUGAUGGGACCCCCUUUGGCUGUCCCCCGGGGCGUAAGGAGAAGCCUGCUGACCCGGUGGAGUGGACAGUCAUGGACGUGGUCGAGUACUUCACUGAGGCCGGCUUCCCCGAGCAGGCCACCGCUUUCCAAGAACAGGAAAUCGAUGGCAAGUCUCUGCUGCUUAUGCAGCGGACAGACGUGCUGACCGGCCUGUCCAUCCGUCUGGGCCCAGCCCUGAAAAUCUAUGAGCACCACAUCAAAGUUCUGCAGCAAGGCCACUUUGAGGAUGACGAUCCUGAUGGCUUUUUAGGCUGAGCGGCCAGCCUUGCCUUUCCCUGUCCCAACCCACGUCCAGCCCCGUCUUCCCCAAGACCCCCGACCCCUAGAGUCCAGGAACUGGACCGGGCCACCCUCAGCCCUGAACGGGUUCCUGUCACCUCUCUCCUUUUGUGUCACAGUCACACCUGCCCCCUACCCCACAGCAGUGGGGUGCACGGUGAUAACUCCGCCAACUCAUUCAGCCCAGGAGACCAGGACAUUUUUGAAAGAAAAAAAAAAAAAGGGGGGGUGUUCCCCUCCCCCAAGGUCCUCUUCAGUUCAGCCAGGUGUAUCCUAUAUAAAUGUCUUCUUCUGCCUGCCCAUUUGGUGGGCGGGCAGUACUCCUUUCCCCCACUCUUGCUCCCUCCCCAGCCCUCCAGCCCUUUUGGGAACAGCUGGGGUGGGGGACCCAUGGUCGCCUCUCUCUUCCCCUCACCUUUCUGUCGAUCGUCUCUCCCAACUGGCUGUAUUGCUUUUUAAUAUUGCACCGAUGGUUUUUUAAAUAAAAUUUUAAGAAA